UGACAGCCCCUCCCCCAUCCCACUACAGUCUGGCCCCCACCGCGUGAUCCCUCCCGGGCCUCCAGUUUUCCGGCCCCCUAAAGCUGCAGAGCUUUAAAUUCCGCGCUAGGAGGUGGGCUCAUUCCCGACUCUCAAGCAGCGGGCCCUUGGCUGUACUCCCAUCUGAGCACUUUCCCCCGGAGUACCCUGCGCUGCCUGCCUACUAGUAGGGAUGGGGUUGUGUGGCUACUCGCUGUUGCCCGUCCUCCUCUUCCUGCUCUCAGGGGUCCAUGAUGCCUCCUCCGACACUCCCGCCAAUUGCACUUUUGAUGAUCUGCAGGGUACCUGGGUCUUUCAGGUGUCCGAGGGUCGGGGGCCAAACGACAAUCGAAUUGACUGCUCUAAGCCGGGGCCACCAAAAGACAAAAUGGUAGUACACCUGCAAAAGUUAAAUGUGGCACAAGAUGACUUUGGCAAUUCUGGCAUCUUCACCAUCAUUUACAACCAAGGUUUUGAGGUGGUCAUAAAUGACUACAAAUGGUUUGCCUUCUUCAAGUAUAAGAGCGAGGCAGGCAAUGUGACAAGUUAUUGUCAUGAGACAUUUCCUGGAUGGGUACAUGAUGUUCUGGGCAAGAAUUGGGCAUGUUUCACUGCAAAGAAGGUUGUAAGCUCUGCUGAAAAUGUACGAAUCAGUGAGCUACCCCCUGAGCACUACAAAGAAAGGUAUUUACACAAACCUUACAGAAACAAUUAUGAAUUUGUGAAAGCCAUCAAUACUGUUCAAGAUUCCUGGACUGCUACUAUUUAUGAAGAACAUGAAAAAUACAAUAUGGAUCAAAUGAUUAAGAGAAGUGGUGCUCAUUCAUUCCCCAGGCCAAAACCUGCACCAUUGACCCAUGGAAUACUUCAAAAAGCUCUAACUUUGCCAAGUUCUUGGGACUGGAGAAAUGUUAAUGGUGUCAACUAUGUUAGUCCUGUUCGAAAUCAAGCCAGCUGUGGCAGCUGCUAUGCAUUUGCUUCCAUGGCCAUGCUCGAGGCAAGAAUCCGUAUCCUAACGAACAAUUCCAAGACUCCAGUGCUCAGUACCCAGCAGAUCGUGUCUUGCAGUGAAUAUUCUCAAGGCUGUGAUGGAGGCUUCCCAUAUCUCAUCGCUGGAAAGUAUGUCCAAGACUUUGGGGUGGUCGAAGAAAAUUGCUUUCCCUACUUGGGCCAUGAUUCUCCAUGUUCCCCAAAGAACUGCACUCGCUAUUAUGUCUCCGAUUACCACUAUGUGGGGGGCUUCUACGGAGCGUGCAAUGAAGCCCUGAUGAAGCUUGAGCUGGUUGAGAAUGGACCCAUGGCUGUUGCUUUUGAAGUGUAUAAUGACUUUAUUCACUACCAAAAAGGAGUCUAUCACCACACAGGUCUGAGAGACUCUUUCAAUCCCUUUGAAAUUACCAAUCAUGCAGUUCUUCUCGUAGGCUAUGGCACUGAUGAGAAGACUGGAGAACAUUACUGGAUAGUUAAAAAUAGUUGGGGGUCCUAUUGGGGUGAGGAUGGGUACUUCCGAAUCCUCCGAGGUACUGACGAAUGUGGCAUUGAGAGCAUUGCUGUGGCUGCCACUCCAAUUCCCAAGUUGUAGGGCAUUUCUGCAUUCUCCUCACUCAGACUCCAUAGAUGAACUCAGGGAUGAGUCUAGAUUUCACAAGAGCUUUUUUGAAAACUUCUGUGUGGAAUGUAAUAAAUUAUUGACUCUUAAAACUCCAAAGUGCCUACUAAGCCCCAGCCCCACUUUGGGUGUGGCUCUCUAUCCAAAGAUCUUUUACCGAGAGCACAGUUCAAUGAGGUUUACAGGGUAGUCGAGAGCAUUGGAGAAAUUAAUUCUAAUAGUCAUGUAAUUCAAAGAAAUAUAUAAGGAAAAAAAUAUUGUGAUUUAUGUUUGUAAAAUUACCAAACUGCUUAAAAAUGGAUUUUGUUGUAUGAAUGAAUCAUGGAGGGUGUGAGUGUAUUCAAAAAGAGAAUUUAUUGCUUGACAAAUGUUCAAAUGAUACCUCAGGCAUGUUACAGCUUGUACAUUUCAGAGAAUUCUUUAUACUUGGAACUUUUAAAAUGAAUUACUUAUAAGAGAGGCAGAAGCAAAGAUACUUGUCAAAUUCAUUUUAAAAAUUAAAACAUUGAAUUAUUUACUGAA